GAGGUUUCGCAAAGUAUAAAAAGUUUGGUCGGCAAGUAAUCCUUAAACAAUUCAUCGCCCCCUUCCCCGUUUUCCUCGUCUCUAUUGCGAAAAGAUUAAAUCUUUGGCCAGCAGAGGAAAAACCCAGAAAUUUAUUACGUAUAAAUCCACAAUGCGGAAAUUUGCAGCCGAAAAAUCCAAAAAUUUAUUAGCCCACAGGAAAAUCUUAGCUGUCGGUGUGCGGCAGCCCACCGCUUCACUCAUCUCAUCUCCAUCUCAAUCCCUUUCACAUCAUAACUUGCUGCCCCAUUCGUCGCUUCUCUUGCGAUUCCUGAGCACUGCUGCUGCGAAUACCUCUGCCCCUUCUGAAUCCAUGGCUUCUGAUUAUUCCUCCACCCCUGUUAAGAUUGAUUCGAUCAAUCCUAAGGUUUUGGAGUGUGAGUAUGCUGUCCGUGGUGAAAUCGUGAACCUUGCUCAGAAAUUACAAGAAGAUUUGAAGGUCAACCCGGAUACUCAUCCUUUUGAUGAGAUAAUAUACUGCAAUAUCGGAAAUCCCCAAUCUCUUGGCCAGCAGCCAAUCACCUUUUUCAGAGAGGUUCUUGCUUUAUGUGACCAUCCUGCCAUUUUGGAUAAAGCUGAAACGCAGGGGAUAUUUAGUGCUGAUUCCAUAGAACGGGCGUUUCAGAUACUCGAUCAAAUUCCUGGAAGAGCCACUGGCGCUUAUAGCCACAGCCAGGGUAUUAAAGGACUGCGCGACACAAUAUGCGCUGGCAUCGAAGCUCGUGAUGGAUUCCCAGCUGAUCCAAAUGACAUCUUCUUGACCGAUGGCGCAAGCCCUGCGGUACAUAUGAUGAUGCAGCUGUUGAUAAGAUCGGAAGACGAUGGCAUCCUUUGUCCUAUUCCGCAGUAUCCUCUGUAUUCCGCUUCGAUUGCCCUGCAUGGAGGCUCUCUUGUUCCCUAUUAUCUCGAUGAGGCAACAGGAUGGGGUUUGGAAGUGUCCGAUGUUAAGAAACAGCUGGAAACUGCCAGAUCGAAGGGCAUCAAUGUCAGGGCUUUAGUCGUUAUAAAUCCUGGCAAUCCCACCGGGCAGGUUUUGGCCGAGAGCAACCAACAGCAAAUCGUGGACUUCUGCAAGAAUGAAGGACUUGUUCUUUUAGCAGAUGAGGUAUACCAAGAAAAUGUAUAUGUGCCCGACAAGCAGUUUCACUCGUUCAAGAAAGUUGCACGGUCCAUGGGUUACGGGGAGAAAGAUAUUUCCUUGGUGUCCUUCCAGUCUGUGUCGAAAGGUUACUAUGGAGAAUGUGGGAAACGAGGAGGUUACAUGGAAGUCACUGGUUUCGCUCCUGAGAUACGGGAGCAGAUGUACAAACUAGCGUCGGUCAACCUCUGUUCUAACAUAUCCGGUCAGAUUCUUGCGAGCCUCGUCAUGAACCCGCCAAAGGUGGGAGAUGAAUCAUAUGAAUCUUAUACUGCGGAGAGAGAUGCAAUUUUAUCCUCCCUAGCAAGACGGGCCAAGGUUAGCCCUUUGUCUUGAAUCUUAGCAAUGAAAGCCUGAAAGGAAACCAAACAACAAAAGAAAUGUAAAUAAAACUUGGGUUAUUUGCAUAUAAAUACGCCAACUUUCUGCAUUUGCCGGUUUCUCCUUUAGUUAAAAGAAUAUAUUCAAAUACACGAACUUUUUACUAGCCUGAUUUUUCCCACAAAAUUCAUUUCCUCCCAACUUGAUGUUUCCGCCGGAUGUUCCAACGUGGCUAAACUGCUGAUUGUCAAAAUGACACAUCUCUUACUUCUUCUAAACAUCUUCGUUUAAAAGAAAAAUGUAAGUGCAACUAUUUCAAUUUCAUGGAAAACAACGUCCUUUUUCUACUUAGGCAAUAAUAUGCCACGUAGAAGUCAGGUCAGUUUCAAUUUGAUAGGAAUUGCUCGCCAUUUUUUGUAAACAUUGAACAGGCACUAAGUUUAUGUAUUUGGAUCCAAAAAAAAGUUGGCCGGAAAAAUUAGAAAACAUUGAAAGUUAGUGUGUAUACACGCAAAUAACCCAUAAAACUUCCACUCAAUCAGCUCAUUUAUGCAUCACAUGGACUUCGAAGACUGCCCCCGUUUGCUCGAGUGACUUGAGCUUCAUGUUUUUAAGUUGCUUGGCUCAACUUCUGUUUCUUCAGCUCUAUUCGAAGAUUUACUCGAUUUUUGUUCAUCUUCAGACUCUCGAAGAUGCACUCAAUAGUUUGGAAGGAGUAACCUGCAACAGGGCUGAAGGAGCAAUGUAUCUGUUCCCUCG